AUGUUUAACAACUUCGUCGAUGCUCUUCAAAUAUGCAACUGGAUUGGAUUUCCAUCGUUGUUCAUCACUAUUACCUGCAAUCCACAGUGGCCGGAAAUUCAAAGGGCGUUGAGCGGUACUAAUUUGAGAACUGAUGACCGUCCCGAUAUUCUUGCUCGAGUUUUUAAGAUGAAGCUCGACAGUCUGAUGUCAGAUCUGAAGAAGGGCAAAAUUUUUGGUCGCAUUAGAGCAUAUGUUUGCACAAUUGAGUUUCAGAAGCGCGGUCUCCCGCAUGCGCACAUAUUGAUUUGGCUUCACAAUGAAGACAAACCGAAGACAUCAAAAGACAUAGAUAAAAUCAUAUGUGCCGAAAUCCCAGAUAAGGUAACAGACCAAAAGAUGUACGAUUUGGUUGAGAAGUAUAUGAUUCACGGCCCGUGCGGUCUAGCCAAUGAAAACUCUCCAUGCACGAAGGACGGGAUUUGCACGAAGCGAUUUCCAAAGAGUUUUGUCAACCGUACUGAGGCCGAUGCAGAUGGUUAUCCGGUGUACAGAAGAAGAGAAAAUGGGAGGACCGUGGUUAAGAAGAAAACAUAUCUCGACAAUGGUUUCGUCGUGCCUUAUAACCGUGCUCUACUGAAAAAGUACAGAGCACACAUUAUUGUCGAGUUGUGCAACCAGAAUAAGUCGAUAAAGUAUUUAUUCAAGUACGUCAACAAAGGACACGAUCGGAUCACGGCGGCAUUUUAUCAAUCAAAUAAUCCAGGUGCAACUCCUAAAAAUCGCGAUGAGAUAAAGAUGUACUACGACUGCGGAUAUCUUUCGGCAUGCGAGGCUGCUUGGAGGUUAUUUAGCUUUGACAUUCACUUUAGAGACCCACCGGUGAUUAGGUUAAGCUUUCAUCUUCAGGACAGUCAGUCUGUUGUGUUUACAGAUAAUGACUCAUUAGUUGAUGUGCUGAACAGACCAACUGCGAAGCAAACGAUGUUCCUUGCUUGGUUCCAAGCGAAUAAGUUGUACCCUAAAGCUAGAAAUUUGAGAGGUUGCACGUGUUACGAUGAUCUUAGGAAAGUCGAGGAUCACAUCUACCCAACUUUCAAAGAUGCGUGCUUUGCGCUUGGACUACUAGAUGACGACAAGGAGUACAUAGCUGGCAUAAAGGAGGCAAACGAGUGGGCCAAUGGUGACUAUGUGAGACGAUUAUUCGUCGUACUUUUGGUCGCAAAUAAUAUGAGCCGACUGGAACAUGUGUGGGAGUGUUACUGGAAAGAAUUCGCCGAGGAUAUUGAGUACAGACUGCAACAACGUCGUACCAAUUUAGGUCCAUCUGUGUCAGACGAUACUCUGAGAAAUUACGCUUUGAUUGAAAUAGAAAAUAUAUUGCAAAACAACAGCAAAAGCCUGAGUAACUUUCCCCCAAUGCCGAUUCCAAUUGGGUCGAUGACGAACAACACGGUAAAUAGAUUAGUUCUCGACGAGUUGGACUAUGACGUUGAUGCUAUGCGUGAAGAACUUAAGAAAUAUCUUUCAUCCAUUACUGAUGAGCAGAAAAAAGUGUUUGAUGAUAUCAUGGAUGCUGUUACAAAUGACAGAGGUGGACUGUUCUUUCUUUAUGGGCAUGGAAGAACGGGAAAGACUUUCAUAUGGAAAACUCUAUCGGCUGUUAUCCGUUCAAAAGGAGAAAUAGUUAUAAAUGUUGCUUCCAGUGGUAUUGCUUCGCUUCUACUUCCAGGUGGCAGAACUGCUCAUUCUAGAUUUGGACUGCCAAUAAUUGUACAUGAGAGCUCCACAUGCAGCAUCAAACAACAGAGCCUACAAGCAGAAUUGUUGUCUAGAGCAAAGCUAAUCAUAUGGGACGAGGCACCGAUGAUGCACAUGUACUGUUUCGAAGCACUCGACAAAACAAUGAAAUCUAUACUUGAUUCAUAUAUGCCAUUCGGAGGCAAGGUCGUAGUGCUUGGAGGGGGACUUUCGACAAAUUUUGCCAGUUGUGUUGAAAGCGUCGAGACAAGACAUUGUGCAUGCUACAAUCAAUUCAUCACCGUUGUGGAUGCAAUGCAAGAUGAAAUAAGAGAAUUUGCGGACUGGAUAUUGAGAAUCGGCAAUGGCGAUGCUGGCGAGAUAAAUGACGGUGAUGCCACAAUUGAAAUUCCCGAUGACAUGCUGAUUCGAAAUUCUGCAGAUCCCUUUUUGGAUCUUAUAGAGUUUGUCUAUCCGGAUCUGGUGACCAACCUUUUCACUCCCGAGUAUUUCGAAGGCAGAUCAAUCCUUGCACCCACUAAUGAAAGUGUCGGUUUUGUGAACGAUUAUUUUUUGUCGAUCAUAACUGGAGAGGAGAAGGUCUAUUUCAGCUCAGAUAGUAUGUGCAAGGAGGAGUUGUUGUCGGAUGUCAACGCAGAAAUAUAUUCACCGGAGUUUCUCAACACCAUAUCAUGUUCCAGAAUUCCACCGCAUAAGUUGACAUUGAAAAGAGGUGUUCCCGUUAUGCUCAUCAGAAAUAUCGAUCAGGCUAGAGGAUUGUGCAAUGGAACAAGACUUCAGAUUAUUAAUAUGGGAAAACACGUUCUCAACUGCAGGAUCCUGUCCGGUAAACAUGUUGGUGAUAUGGUGUUCAUUCCUAUAAUGACUUUGGUACCGUCCAACUCUGCAUUGCCUAUUAAAUUCCAACGACGUCAGUUUCCGCUGAUGGUAUCAUUCGCAAUGACAAUCAAUAAAAGUCAAGGACAAACUCUUUCUCACGUGGGCAUGUACUUGCCGAGACCUGUUUUCAGUCACGGACAUCUCUAUAUCGCACUCUCGAGGGUUAAGAGUCGAAGUGGCAUAAAUAUUUUGAUUAACUCGAAAUCUGGUGAUACGACCAAUGUUACAAAUAAUGUUGUAUACAAGGAAGUUUUUUAG